CUCUGCAGAUUCCUGUGUCAUCUCUCCCUCUCCAUGUGCGCAGGAAAACUCAGUGCUGCUGCUGCUGCGUCUCUCUCUGCCCCCGUUUGGCAUUCCUGCUGCCUGCAACUGAAGCCGGAGGGGAGCACGAGAGCGGGAUUGGCUCGGGGCACAAGGCGACCGCCGAGCACGGCUUUGGUUAUGAUUCUUCUUUUUUGAAGACGAGAGAGGUUGGCGGGGGAAAGCGCCAAGAAGCCGCCACUCUGGUCCCCUUUUCGCUUUUGCCCUGCUGCACCGGUUGCGCCUCUCUCGCAGCCGCUGCGCCCUUGGCUCGCCAUCCCUCUCCUUCCACGCCGCGAGUGUUUGCAUGCGCGGGGUGAGGGGGGCGAAUCGUUGCGAAUUGUUUUGUGUGUGUGUCUGUGUGUGUCCCCCCCCCCAUGUGUGUCUGUGCGUGUCCCCUUUCGCUCCGGUGACUUAACAGAAGGAGGAGAUGUUACAAACCUGGCCAUGAGGUUUUUGGAUCACCCUGCGCUCCUGAACGAAACUGAUCCGGGUCACCUGUUACCUCUCAGUUUUUAGAUCGCUUUGAACUUCUGCGUGGACCCAUCGCCCGCCCCCCCCCCCCCCAAAACUCCCUACACCCAGGAGACCAGAAGGGAGCGCCGGGGGGGAGGACUAUCCGGUGCUCUUCUGCAGCAUGGGCUGCACCCGCCGGGCGGCUUGCCUUGUCUGGGGAGUAUUUCUACUAGCAGAAAGCGCUCGCUGCCAACAUGCCAAGAAGGACAACGUGCCGCGCCUCAAAUUAUCCUACAAAGAAAUGUAUGAAUCCAACAAUAUAAUCACUUUCCAUGGACUGAUCAAUAGUUCCAGUUACCACACAUUCUUUUUGGAUGAGGAGCGAAGUAAACUCUUCGUUGGAGCAAAGGAUCACAUAUUUUCUUUCAACCUAGUCAACAUCAAGGAAUAUCAAAAGAUUGUUUGGCCUGUAUCUCAUACCCGGAGGGACGAGUGCCAGUGGGCUGGAAAAGAUAUUCUGAAAGAAUGUGCCAACUUCGUCAAGGUGCUUAAGGCUUAUAACCAAACUCAUUUGUAUGUCUGUGGAACUGGGGCUUUCCAUCCCGUGUGCACAUACAUUGAAGUUGGAGGUCAUCCUGAGGACAAUAUUUUUAAGCUGGAAGAUUCACAUUUUGAAAACGGCAGAGGAAAGAGCCCCUAUGACCCCAAACUGCUGACGGCUUCUCUUUUGAUAGAUGGUGAGCUUUAUUCUGGAACGGCAGCAGAUUUCAUGGGCAGAGAUUUUGCCAUUUUCCGGACGCUGGGGCACCAUCACCCAAUCAGGACAGAGCAGCACGACUCCCGGUGGCUUAACGAUCCUCGGUUUAUUAGCGUUCACCUGAUUCCAGAAAGUGACAACCCAGAGGAUGACAAGAUCUAUUUUUUCUUUCGUGAAAAUGCAAUUGAUGGGGAGCAUUCUGGAAAGGCUACACAUGCCAGGAUAGGACAGAUCUGUAAGAAUGACUUUGGUGGCCACAGAAGUCUCGUCAACAAGUGGACCACUUUCCUCAAAGCACGCCUGAUUUGUUCGGUGCCAGGUCCCAACGGCAUUGACACUCAUUUUGAUGAGCUCCAGGAUGUGUUUCUAAUGAACUCAAAGGACCCUAAAACCCCAAUCAUCUAUGGAGUGUUUACAACUUCCAGCAACAUCUUUAAAGGAUCGGCUGUGUGCAUGUACAGCAUGACGGACGUGAGGAGGGUGUUUCUGGGUCCAUAUGCUCACAGAGAUGGUCCCAACUAUCAAUGGGUUCCCUACCAAGGAAGAGUCCCAUACCCACGGCCAGGAACUUGUCCAAGCAAAACGUUUGGUGGCUUUGACUCAACCAAGGAUCUUCCUGAUGAAGUCAUCACAUUCGCAAGAAGCCACCCAGCGAUGUACAACCCUGUAUUUCCCAUCAAUAACCGCCCCAUAAUGAUCAAAACAGAUUUGGAUUACCAGUUCACACAAAUCGUGGUCGAUCGGGUAGAUGCGGAGGAUGGCCAGUAUGACGUCAUGUUCAUUGGGACAGAUAUUGGGACAGUUCUGAAAGUAGUUUCUAUCCCUAAAGAGACCUGGCAUGAUUUGGAGGAAGUUUUGCUGGAAGAAAUGACAGUCUUUCGGGAGCCUACAGCUAUUUCAGCCAUGAAGAUUUCCACAAAGCAGCAACAGCUCUACAUUGGCUCAGCUGUCGGCGUUUCACAGCUUCCCUUGCACCGCUGUGAUGUGUAUGGUAAAGCAUGUGCCGAGUGCUGCCUUGCUAGGGACCCAUACUGCGCCUGGGAUGGUGCCUCGUGCUCUCGUUACUUUCCCACCGCUAAGAGACGCACUAGACGACAAGACAUCCGAAAUGGUGACCCCCUGACUCACUGCUCUGACUUACAGCAUCAUGAUAAUCCAAGUGGACAUGGGCUGGAAGAGAAGAUCAUCUAUGGAGUGGAGAACAGCAGCACUUUCCUGGAAUGCAGCCCCAAAUCUCAGCGUGCUCUGGUCUAUUGGCAAUUCCAGAAGCAAAAUGAUGACCGAAAGGAAGAGAUCAAAGUAGAUGAUCGCCUGAUCCGGACAGAGCAAGGUCUACUGCUGCGGAGCUUGCAGCGGAAGGACUCGGGCAUUUACUUCUGCCACGCUGUGGAGCACGGCUUCAUGCAAACUCUCCUCAAGGUGACCCUGGAGAUCAUCGACACGGAGCACCUUGAAGAGCUGCUUCAUAAAGAGGAAGAGGGAGAGACCUCCAAGAUCAAGGAGGCUUCCAACAGCAUGACCCCAAGCCAGAAGGUCUGGUACAGGGACUUCAUGCAGCUCAUCAACCACCCCAACCUCAACACCAUGGAUGAGUUUUGUGAGCAGGUGUGGAAAAGGGACCGCAAGCAACGGCGCCAGAGGCCCGCCAAUGCCCAGGUGAACACAAACAAGUGGAAGCAUCUACAAGAGAACAAGAAAGGCAGGAAUAGGAGGACCCAUGAGUUUGAGAGGGCGCCGCGGAGUGUCUGAGCUUCAAUUACCUCUAGGAACUUCAUCCAAGUAGAAACUUGCAUGGACAAGAUAACUGGAAAUAAAAUGCAAUAUAUGUGAACUUUCCCCAUGGCAUUUUAUGUGGAUGUUUACAAAGAGCUAGGAGGCUCAAACAAAAUUUCCAUCUUGUUUGAAAUGAACCCGGUUUGUUUGCUAAAAAAAAAAAAACCAAACCACUGGACCUCUACUCUCCAGCAUUUUGGGGACAUAAGCUUGUUCCAAAACUAACUUAUUGUUUCAUGGGAUCUGCAGCAAGGCUGUUUCGGCAAUCCCCUUUGGACUUGUGAGGUAUAAAAGUGUCACCUGCCAUUCUGCCAUUUUGAAAAAGGAAUAAAAGAGGGAGGUGCAGAACAGCUCUUAUCAGCCAUGCUAAUUUCCUGAACUUAACUAAAAACUUGCAUGGACCUUUUAUCCAGCUGAUGAACACCUUCCCACUUGGUUGUACACAUGACUGUUUUUUGUUUCCCCCUCUCCUUUCUGGUCUACAAGUCCUCUUGUUUAGAUAUGUACUGGAAGAAGGAAAUCAAUACUGUGCUUGAUUGCUUACUGAAGUCAGAGCGCCGUGAACCAAUAAUUAUCUUAAGCAGCAGCAAGUGGAACAUUCUGACCUACUACUGAUGACACCCCUAACCUUUGACCUAAAGAUGUAUUUUAUUAAAACAAUUAUUUAAAUGUACCACAACCAAUAUGCAGUCAAAGAUAGCUCUUGGUGGGUGGGUGGGGGAGGAAAUAGAAUAGGCUUUUGUCUGACAAUAUUCUAAUAUUCUAAUUUUUAAUUAUUUUAAACAGGGAAAACAAAGGUUUCUGUUGCUCAAUUUUAAAUGUCUGUUAUCAAACAUUUGUUCAACACAGUCAGCAAACUCAGCUCCUUGCCAGACAUUCUCUAUGAUGAGUAACUUCCAACCUGAUUUAUCCUUCCGAACCAAGUUUUUCUGGCAAAACGAGUCUGUAUUGCAUGGACAGAUUUCUCUCUCUUUCUUUUUCUCCCUAAUUGUUCAGUAUGAAAGACUUCAGCUUGUAUAAUACUUUGAUACAAAACAGAAAUGGAUUGAAGCAAUGAAGGGAAACUUGGUUGACUUAAGCUGUAUAUUUUAUUUUUAAUUUCAAAAGACUGUGAAUAGCAUUAAAAUAUCUCCUCUGCUCAUGACCUCAUUAUGUGGAUGGCAAAAACUCAACACUGUAAGAUGCAGAUUCCAUCUGAUCUGCUCAUACAGUCAAUGCCGUGGUUUUCAGAUGGCAUUCUGGCAGUGCCU